AGGAAGUCGCGCUCCUGAAUUUAUUUGGUCUGCGUAGAAUACCCCAGAAUUAUGGCAAAAGAUGCAAAACAGGUCACGGUCUGCCUUUUGUGUUUCCUGGUGAAUAUUUUCUUCUCUGGAAGUCUGAUCGACGCGUGUAUUGUGAUAGCUCCGAAUGUUGUCCGAGUUGGAGUGGAAGAAACCAUGGUGAUUUUCAACGAAGGAAGUUCCACAAGUGUCACGUUGCUGAUGCAGGAAUAUCCCGGUCGAUUUCGCCCACUCUUCAAUCGAACGAUAACCUUGAACUCUGGGUCUUCGGAAUUGGUUAAGGUAAAGCUAGAUGAAAAUGAAAUCAAUCCCGAAGACAUACGAUCGGGUCACACAAGCCACGUGGCUUUGACUGUUCUAUGUGGCAACGUGUACAAGAAAGAAGCAAGGCUCUUGCUCAGCCAGAACGGGGGGUAUCUCUUUCUGCAAAGCGACAAACCAAUUUACAAUCCAGGACACGAUGUGCAUCUUAGAAUGAUGACUGUAGGAGAAGAUCUACUUCCUUCAGCUGGAAACGUCGAGCUCCACAUUAAGAACCCUCAUGAUAUCAUAACGUACAACACAACUAUUGAUCUUGGCGGAUCAAGUGGAAUGCACAGUUUGAAUUACAAAUUUCCCGAUUACCCAAUCUUUGGUGCCUGGAAAGCCGUUGCUACGUACGGCGUACAUCGUAUCCGGAAGUCGGAAAUCAAGUUUCAGCUCGCAGAAUAUGUUCUUCCGACGUUUUCGGUGGAGCUUUACAUGCCAAAUGUGAUCCUUCCGAAACAAGACAGAGUACGGGGCACGGUUGUUGCAAGAUACGUUUACGGAAAGGACGUUCAAGGAUCGGUAUCGUUCAGAUAUAAAGUUCGCAGCGAAGGCGGACAAGAGAAAGAGAUUGGAGCUACGCAUUUUAAAGAGCUGUCCAAUGAAAGAACUGAGUUCGACGUUUCUGUGGCCGAGUUCAAGGAUUUAUCCGGCAAGGACUGGGACCCUCUGAUAAAGGGAAGCAGGCUGGUGGUAACAGCGAGCGUCCUCGACAAGGCAACCGGAAAAAGAGGGGCGGCCGAAAACGACGCGGCAAUUUUCGCGACGUCGCCUUACACCAUCAACUUCCGGCACACGCCCACGGAUUUCAAACCUGGCACAAGCUUGGUGGUGGUGGCAGAAAUUCAGCAUGCGAAUUCGAAAGUGGCGGAAGGUGUGGAAUGUGCCAUCAGCGUUCUGGACGACCUCGGUCAAAGUGUCAAGGACGUCACAAAAUCAUCAAGCUCUGACGCCGCGGGAAGAGUUGCCUUUUCAAUGAAGACAUUAGAAACUCAGACUGUCAUCAACGUCACGGUUCGAACCCGCGAUCCAAAUCUCGAUGACUCCGAGCAGGCAGAGGGGCAAGCUACUCUCCUACGAUUCACCUCGCCUUCCAACGGCCUCCUAGCAUUGAAACGUCAGGACGUCAGGUCGAAAAGAAAAAUUAACGACAGGUUUGAAAGCGUUGUCACCACGGUUCCCGCGGAUCUCAAGCCCGUUUACUUUGUGGUCUUGAGCCGUGGCCAAGUCAAGAGUUUCGGAGAGCUGAGUUCCACGGACCUCAGGCAGAGGUCUAUAGAUUUCGAACUGGAAGAAAGUAUGGCUCCGGAAUUUCGUGUCCUUGUCUUCGCGCUACACAAUGGCAGCAUCCUGGCAGAUUCGCAGCUCGUGGAAAUGGAACAUCUUUGUACGAACAGCUCAUCGAUAAACAUUAUUGUUCCCAGUGGUGAUAAAGAACCGGGAAGUGACGUAUCAGUCGAGGUAAAAGGAGUUUCUGGAACCCGAGUUGGAUUAAUGGCUACUGAUAAGGCUGUCUACAUCCUUGACAAGGGACAACUUCUGACUAGGCAAAAGCUGUUAUCAUCGUUUCGGUCGCACGAUCUCGGAUGUGGUCCUGGAGGGGGCAUCACGUCCGAGGAAGUCAUUUCUCAAGCUGGAAUCGUGAUAAUAUCGGCAGCGAUGAAAGAGGACGUGAUAACAACAGACGGUAGCUGCGAAGCAAAAAGACGGAGACGAAGGAAUGCAGUCCGAAAAUCCAUCGAAAGCUACCAGGACCCUCUGCUGAAAGAGUGCUGCUGGCUCGGCAUCCAGCCCGACAAAAUGGUCAGGCACUGUUCCACCAGGAGCGAGAUUGUCAAGAGGUACAUGCCGGGUCCAGAGGGUGCGCGGUGCGCCGACGUUUUCGCAAAGUGUUGCGUCGAGGCGGAGAAUUUCGACAGGGGCCGCACCGACGCAUUUGGAGGACCCACCAGCAUUCAAGAUGUCAUCGACGCAGAUUACGACGAAGACCUCUACUCGUUGUCUUCCAUCCGAAAAAAUUUCCGGGAGACUUGGAUGUUUCGCGAAAAAAAUAUCGGGAAGGACGGUAUCGCCAAAUUCGAAGGCAGCCUCCCGCACAGCAUCACUAAGUGGUCCGUACAGGCGGUGAGCGUAUCUCCAAAGGGCGGCAUCUGCGUCGCCGAACCGGCCGAAGUCACGGCCUUCCGCCAGGUCUUCCUCCAGGUCGACCUACCGUACAAGGUGGUCAGGAACGAACAGGUCGAGGUUCUGGUGACAGUGUACAACUAUGGGUCCAACUUGCUUUAUGGAGCCGUGUUCUUGUACGGAGUUCCGGGUGUGUGUACCGGUGCCCGCCACCAGCUACGCCCAGACCAGAAACCGGUGGAAGUGAAGGCCCAGUCGGCCGCCAGCGUCACCUUUCCGGUGAUACCGACGCUCCAAGGAAAGCACACGAUUCGCAUCCUUGUGAACACCUCACAAGGCAAAGACAACGUCGAGAAAAUUCUCAAUGUUGUGCCAGAGGGAAUCACCGUAGAAAAGAACAUAUCGAUCGUGCUUGAUCCUACAAACCAACAACAACGAAAAGGCCGUCGCGUAAAAGGUGAUUUCUUCACAGAUUCUCUCGACCCGAAGUCAAAGCGCCAGAACAUCAAGAUUGACACACAACUUCCUCUAGAAGCCGUCCCAAAUACAGGGGUCUUAUCCUUGGGGGUUAUGGGAAAUCAAAUGGAAUCAACCGCGGAAUCAACCAUAGCCAAUGUCGAGUCCCUCAUCUCUUUGCCAAGGGGCUGCGGUGAGCAGAACAUGAUGCUCAUGGCACCCACCUUGUACGCGUUGGAAUAUCUCAAGCAAAAAAAUUCCCAGAACACAACAGUGAUGGAGAAAGCCUACCGGUAUAUACAGCAAGGUUACGAGCAGGAGUUGGCGUUUCGAAACGACGACGGUUCAUUCUCGACGUUCAAACAAAGGAAAGGCAGUCUGUGGUUGACAGCCUUUGUGCUCCGCGUGUUCUGCAAGGCCACGAAGGUAAUCAACAUCGACCAUCGAGUUCUUCAUAGCGGAGUUUCCUGGCUUGCCAAGCAGCAAAGAGCAGACGGGGACUUCGAGGACGAAUCGCCUCUCAUGCAUGGCCAGAUGCUUGGUGGCGUCAACGGAAGAGUCCCAAUGACUGCAUUUGUGCUGCUGACACUCUAUGAGUGUGGAUCGCGAACAAAGGUGGACCAGCAGACAAUGUUAAAAGUGACAGCUAGAGCUGAAAACUUCCUCAACGAGCGCAUUCACGAGACGAGAGAGCCGUACGUCGCUGCCCUUGUCGCGUACGCACUUAGCCUUGACAAAGGAGACAAGCAACAAGAAGCAUUCCAGGUUCUCAAGGAUCAUCUGCUUUACGAUGAAGAGAUGAACGAACUGAGUACGGGCAACGAUGCGACGGCCCUGGACGUGGAAGGCACCAGUUACGCCCUCUUGGCGUACCUGCGGCACGGUGACGUGGAGGGUGGCGCCCGCCUCGUCAACUGGCUCAACAGACAUCGCUCAGCGUCGGGGUCAUUCACCUCUACGCAGGAUACCGUCGUUGCACUCCAAGCUCUCACUGAGUCUGGACUUAAGGUGCGCGACUCCAGCCCCGACCUCAUGUGCAACGUCACUGCCAACCGUCCGAAAAAUAUAUUUCACUCUUUCCGCAUUAAUAGAAAAAACGCUUUCGUCUUGCAAGAAGUGCACAUAAAAGACAUCGGUGGAAAGCUACUUCUUUCAGUAAGCGGUGAAGGCACAGGCGUCCUUACAGCGAGACUGCGAUACAACGUUCUUACACCACCAGAAAAACUGUGCAAGUUUUCGCUGGCAGUUCGUGCCAGCCGGCCAGAACCCGGGCAGACACGCGGAGGACGCUCUCGGAUGGUCCCGCAGGAGGUCUGGAAAGAACUGUUGGGAGACGCCGAUCCGACGCGCACCCUCGAGCGCAUGGGAGGACACAGCAUGAUCGAAAACAACCGCGCUUCGCUGUCUACAGUUGCAGGAAUAAAAAAGGACUUAACGACUAGCAUUAAAAACAAGUGGAAGGCCCUGAACUCUUACGAGAUUGAAGUCUGCAUAAGAUAUUUGGGAGAGCAAGACUCUAAUAUGGCUAUUUUGGAGGUAGGGAUGUUCAGCGGAUUUCACCCAAUCGAAAAUGACUUGGCAAAUCUGACAGCGAUAAAUGCCUUACUAGGGAAAUAUGAGCUAACGACGAAAGGUGUCGUAUUUUAUUUUGACAAGAUACCAGCAGACCGCGAUACUUGCAUCAUGUUCAGAGCCGAACGUGCAUACAAUGUGCUCAACAUUCAAACGGCCACUGUGAAGGUGUACGACUACUAUCGGCCAGAUCACUCGUGCAGUCAGUUUUAUGGUCCCGAGACUUCGAGUCCGUUGCUGGGGCUCUUCUGUGACGGUCCUCAUUGCAAAUGUGCCUCAGUCUGGAAAGUCAACGUUUCUGACAUUCAAGUGAGCAAUGGCUACAAGAACAUUGUCUUCAACGUCACGAGUGUCAUCAAAGAAGGAGAGGAGAGCAAAGAGGUAGUCACCGGAAAACUUAGGUCUUUUCUGAUGCGACAACUCUGCAACACCGUGAAUUUCGUGCCUGGAAAGUUCUACUUCAUCCUUGGACAAGACAGCGAGUUUAUAGAAGAGAAAGGUAGUAGAAUAGCGAGGUACGUCCUGAAUGAAAAGGUGAAAAUAUACGCCCAGGACAAGAAUGACAAACGACGUCCUUCGAGAAAAAUUAGAACCUCAUUUGAAAUGCUCCUAAAGAAUUUUGCUAAGAACGAAAGUUGCGUUGACUAGUCUCACUGAAAGAUUUUGCGUCUCAGUACUGUAAACAUUCAUGGAUGCCCAUAAAGAUUUUUCUUUCAAUAUGUGAUAACGUUU